CUCCUGCACCGGCCCGGGAAGGCGAUGGGCCAUGCGGACGCCUUGAGCCGCCUGCCUCUGCCGGAAACGGAGCCUGACCCGGCCCCAGCCCAUCACAUCGCGCUGCUGGAAACGCUGCCCGACCAGCCGGUUCACGUGAAAGAGGUGGCCCGGCGCACCGAAAAGGACCCUAUCCUCUGCCGCGUCCUGGACUGGGCUCACAAGGGUUGUGUGCUGUGGGGAGGUCGGGUGGUAAUCCCUUCCCCACUCCGAGACCGAGUACUUGCAGCAUUGCACGAGGCUCACCCAGGAGUGGUGCGGAUGAAAGCGCUGGCUCGGAGUUAUGUGUGGUGGCCCGGCCUCGAUCAGGACAUUGAGAGACUGGUGAAACUGUGCCAACCCUGCCAGGCGUUCCGGCCCGCACCGCCCCGAGCGCCCGAUCGAGCUUGGGAGUCUUCCCACAAACCUUGGUCCCGGCUACACUUGGACUUCGCGGGGCCGUUUCAGGGACAAAUCUUUUUCAUUCUAGUGGACGCUUACAGUAAGUGGCUGGAGGUGGUGCCUGUACCGUCUACCUCCUCGAAGGCCGCCAUCAGAGCCAUGCGCCACAUUUUUAGCUCCCACGGCCUUCCAGACACCCUGGUGACCGACAACGGCACAGCAUUUACCUCCAGCGAGUUCCAGGACUUCACGAGGUACUGUGGAAUCCGACACGUCCGGUCAGCGCCCUUCCACCCGGCAACCAACGGCCAGGCGGAGCGCAUGGUGCGCACCACCAAGGAAACACUGCGCAAGUUCGACAGUAAGGACUGGGACUACAAGCUGGCGGUGUUCCUGUUCGGCCAACGCACGACCCCGCACACCGAGACCGGCUGCAGCCCGGCGGAGCUCCUGAUGGGUCGUCGCCUAACCUCCCGGCUGGACCGUCUACACCCAGACAGGGCCCCCGAGAUGGAACCGACAUCGGAAUCGUACGCAGCCGCCAGAGGGUUCUUCCCGGAAGACCCAGUCUACGCUAAGAACUACGCACAGGGGCCACCCUGGAUCCCCGCGAGAGUGGUCCGGGUGCGAGGGCCUCGCUCCUACGAGGUCUCCUGCGAGGACGGCCAACUGCUCCACCGCCACAUCGACCAACUGCGGCGCCGGGUCCUCCAGAACGACCCCGAGGACCUGGAGCCCCAGGAGCACGACGAAGCAUCGGUCCACGCACCAGAACCGCAGAACCCGGCCUCGGCCCCGGCCCCGGUCACUCCGGAACCUCCGGAACCUCCGACAUUGCCGCCGCCGGAAACGCCGCAGCCAACCGCCCCGCCACGGCCACAAGGAGCAGCCCCAAGCAGCACCCCAGAACUCCGCCGUUCCACAAGGCCCAGGAAGUCUCCCGCAUACCUCCAGGACUUUAAACUGAUAAUUGAACUGGGUAAUAUAUUUCAGAAAAAUAAUCCAGAUCAAAAUUCAGAUAUCAGACAUUUGUGA